AUGUCAGAUUCAAAAGAUGGAACCAUUGUUACUGGUAUCGAUGAGAAAUUUGUUGAAGAUAAAGAAUUUGAAAAGAAAUUAGUACGAAGGAUGGACUUUAGAAUUAUGCCUUUAUUAAUUUUGUUAUAUUUCUUAAGUUUCUUGGACAGAGUAAACAUUGGAAAUGCGAAAUUGUCAAAUAUGGAAAAGGAUCUUGGAUUGGUCGGAUCUGAAUUUAAUUGGUGUCUAAGCGUUUUCUUUAUAGGAUAUAUUAUAUUUGAAGUUCCUUCGAAUAUAGCACUUAUCAAGACAAGUGCAUUUUUGUGGAUUUCUUUUAUAAUGUUUUCGUGGGGAGUUAUAGUAACUCUCAUGGCAUUUGCGGGCUUAUCUCCAGGCGCGGUUUAUUAUUUAGCCACGUGGUACAAACGAUCAGAACAAAAUGCCCGUAUAGCUUAUUUAUCUAUUGGAAAUAGCUUUGCUGGUUCCUUUAGCGGUUUAUUAGCAUUUUCUCUUAUACAAUUAGAAGGAAAACUUAACCUAGAAGGAUGGCAGUGGUUAUUUUUAGUUGAAGGAUUAAUAACGGUUGUUGUCGCUAUAUGUGCUUAUUUCUUUAUUUCUGAUUGCCCUGAAAAAUCCAGAUGGCUUACUGAUAAAGAGCGUAAAUAUGCUACUGAACGAUUAAAACAUGAUAUAGGAAAAGCUCAUAUAUUACAUUAUGAUAGAGCGCACAUUUACGCCGCAUUCACAGAUUAUAAAGUUUAUUUGGCUAUGAUACAACUAUUUGUAGCUUCGAUAUCAGUUUCUUCUUACCAAUUAUUUCUUCCAUCAAUAGUACAUGGAAUGGGAUUUAGUUACGUCAAAUCACAAUUACUUUCAAUGCCACCAUUCUUUUGCGCUGGUGUAUCGACAAUAAUUGUCGCAAUUAUUUCGGAUCGUAGACGUGUUCGUGGUCCAAUUAUGAUUUUGUCUUCAAUUAUUGGAAUUUUGGGUUAUAUACUAUUAAUCAUACCUUCAUUAAGUGCCCCUGCAAAAUAUGUUGGAGCUUGUAUUGUUGGAACGGGUUUAGUUCCUGCUGUCACGACUGCAGUCGCUUGGAUAGCGAAUAACAUAGCAGGUCACGCGAAAAGGGGUAUAGCGGCAGGAAUGGUAUUAAUGAGUGCAAAUAUAGGUGGUAUAAUAGCAUCACAAAUUUAUCGAGAAAAAGAUUCUCCAAAUUAUACAUUUGGUAAUUCAAUGGCCUUGGGAUGUUUAGUUGUUGCGACUUGUAUUGCAGCCUUACAAUAUUUUAUUUAUAAAACUUUAAAUGAGAAAAAGAGGAAAAAUCCACAAUCAUUUUUGCAAGGAAAAAGUGAAGAAGAAAUUAGAAAUUUGGGUGAUCUACAUCCCGAUUUUAUGUAUAUGCUAUAG